GGGAGUGAAGCUCGGAGAAGCUCAGAGAAGCUCAGGGCUGUGAUGAAGGCAGCGCGCGUUGCUGCCCAGCCUGCUUCUGCUGUACGUUUGGAAAACAAGUCAGAAGGAGAGUAUACAAAGGGAGGGGGAACGCGCGCAUGUGACAGGCUUUGGACGUUUCCCUUCAUACCAGUCGGGCAGGGGAAAGCAUCUCUCCAUCGGGAGCUGCGGUAUUUAAAAAACCCACUGACGACUGGCAUUUCCAAACAUUGCACGCCUCGCCCGUCGCCUGCGGAUCGUCACAGCACCAUGCGAGCAGGAGAGACGCGCCCUGGGCCAUGCUGAACGACUCUCCGACUCUCCUCCUGGCUCUUACCGCGGUGGCCGGACUUCUCCAGCGAUGCCAAGGCUGGAGCGACGAAGACCUCCUCAUGCCGCCCAACAACUCCUCCAACGGGUUCCUGUCCAACCUGGAGGUGGACGUGCGCUUCUCCAAGAGGUCCGUGGAGGAGAGCGACGCCCCGCCCGACGCCUCAUCCCUGCAGACUCUGUCCCAGUGCAACGUGAGCGUGCAGAGACUCUUGCCCACCUCGCUGGUGGCCCACUGGGACAGCAGCUUCGGCUUCCAGUGUGAUGUGCUCAUCUACACCACCAACAACCACGGAAGGGCUUUUUUCUCCGCGGCGUUCAACAGGGCGACGUCGCCUAUCGUCAUCGAGCAUCUCGGGGUCACCGGGGGUCAGCAGGAGCUCCGGCUGUGCGUGGGCUGCGGGAUGUCCCGGUACCGGAGGUUUAGUCAGGGCAGGUCGAGGGGUCAGCAGGCCGGGGAUCAGGUCACUUUCUGCUGCGUGGAUUUCAGCCUCGACGAGCUUAAGGGAGACAAAAGUUGGAGGCUGAACAGAAAGCCCAUCGAGUCGACACUUGUGGCUUGUUUCAUGACUUUGGUCAUCAUCGUGUGGAGUGUUGCUGCUCUCAUAUGGCCAGUCCCGAUCAUUGCAGGAUUUCUGCCCAAUGGGAUGGAGCAGAGGAGACCGAGAUAAUUGAAAAGAAUCUUUAUUAUAAUUAGCCUGUGCUGCCUAUACUAUAACUGUAGCCAUUGAACUGUUCACCUGAAUGAAUGAUUGAGGAGCUUCGGAGACAUUUUUGAUCAGAUGCUUUAGUUUUGGGUGUUCUUUAACCCUAAAUAGAGCUCCUCCUCAUUACAACCAAGGUAAAGUAUGAUGGAUUAUACUAGCUAAUAGUGAUCUAUACUGGGACCAACACCAAUGUGUUUUGUAUACCCUUGUAGGCCUUCCUAUAGUCAGCGUAAACUGUGCAAACUUCUCUCUUUAAUAAGUGUUUGUAUAGUUUUUAAUCUUUCUAGAAAGUUUUUGCCUUAUCCCAUGUGUAGGACUUUUGCACUGAAACCUGAACUUCAAAGUGUGCCGUCACAUAUAUAACCUAUAGUCAUGUUCAAGGUAAAUGUAAUAGUUUUUCCCCCCCAAAUAGAUGUUGUUUUUGAUUGACAUAGAGAGGAUUUCAAUAAUUACAU